UUGUGUAAUCGCAAUGCUUUCAGUAUUUUUGAUGGUCGGAACCCGCUAUCCCAUGUCAAACUGCAUUUUAUUUUGCACUACUUUGCUAUGGUGCUUAAGAAGAUGCCAAAUGGAUGUGUUUCUUUUCGACGUGAAUCUCUUAACAGCGAAGCGCUCCCUGACUGGGAGAAUGAAGAUACCUUGGUUUUGGCGGUGGCUUGUGAUGGAUCUAUAGAGGAUUCUCCUGGAUGUUUGCAAGUGGAUUUCGCCAACGAGUACAUAGGUGGUGGGGUGCUCAAUUCAGGAGCAGUACAGGAAGAAAUUCGUUUUCUUAUUUGUCCAGAGAUGAUGGUUUCCUGUCUAUUGUGUGAGAAAAUGGGUCCCCAUGAAGUGAUCCACAUUGUUGGUGCCCAACGUUACAGCAGUUACUUUGGUUAUGGUUGGUGGAUUUCGGACCCUUGCCCUGUCGCUACAGGGAACUGGGGUUGUGGUGUUUUCGGAGGCGACAAGGAAUUGAAAAGUUUGUGUUCAAUUUUCUUAUGCCCCAUUCUAUCGAUCACACAUGAGUGA